GCAGUUCCACAAGUGCAAUUCACGCGCAAGUAACCAGCCACCUGUUCCAUGAUUCCUCGUUUCUGAGCUGACUAAACUUGCACCCCUAGGGAGCAAAGCAAAAAUACUCGUACUCUUUCUCAAUCGUAUUCAUUUUCAACUCUUUCUUCUUCUUGUUCUCAAAAAUGGAAGAACAAUCAUCACUUUUUCUAGGGUUAGGAGUUGUUCCAGUUCUUAUAAUCUCAGUUUCACUAGGAACUCUCAUUGCUCUCGUUUUCUUCUCUGAUUACUUUCGUCAGAAAAGAUCUGAAGUUGAAACCAUUUCAAAACCAGAUGAAAUUGUGAAUCACAAAUCAAAUAAAUCUUCUCAUAAUAACAAUUCUAGAAAACCGCAUUCUAGAUCUCAGUUACACGCCUCAGACAAGGAUCAAGUGAAACGACAUCAUCCAUUGGAUAUUAAUACUUUGAAAGGUCAUGGAGAUUCUGUUACAGCUUUGUGUUUCUCAUCUGAUGGCAGAAAUUUGGCUACAGCUUGUGCUGACGGGAUUGUCAGGAUAUUCAAAUUGGAUGAUGCUCUGAGUAAAAGCUUCAAAUUUCUGAGAAUUAACUUACCAGCUGGAGGACAGCCAACAGCAGUUGCCUUCUCUGAUGGAGCGUCAUCUGUGGUUGUGUCAUCUCAAAAUCUUUCUGGUUCUUCCUUAUAUAUGUACGGUGAAGGAAGUGUGAAUUCUGCUAAUGACGGCGGUAAGCAACAACCCAAGCUUCCUGUUCCAGAAAUUAAAUGGGAACACCGAAAAGUUCAUCAGUCAAGGGCUAUUAUUACCCUUGCUGGAACUGCUGCCAGUUAUGACACUGCUGAUGGAAGUACAGUAAUUGUUUCGUGUUCAGAAGGUACUGACAUCAUCCUUUGGCAUGGAAAGAGUGGGAAGAUUUUGGGGAACACUGACACGAACCAGCUCAAAAACAAUAUGGCCACAGUGUCUCCCAAUGGGAGGUUUAUUGCUGCUGCAGCUUUUACUGCGGAUGUGAAGGUAUGGGAAAUUGUAUAUUCCAAGGAUGGUUCAGUAAAGGAGGUUGCAGCAGUUAUGCAGCUCAAGGGUCAUAAGAGUGCCGUGACUUGGUUAUGCUUUUCACCAAAUACAGAACAAAUUAUUACAGCAUCCAAGGAUGGUACCAUAAGAAUAUGGAACGUUAACGUUCGGUAUCAUCUUUCUGAGGACCCGAAGACUCUAAAGGUGUUCCCAAUACCUCUUCAGGACUCGAAGGGGGAAACUUUGCAUUACGAUCGUCUUAGUAUUUCACCUGAUGGAAAAGUAUUGGCUGCCACCCAUGAGUCAAUACUGCAAUGGCUAUGUGUUGAAACUGGGAAGGUUUUGGACACAGCUGAUAAGGCACACGAUGGCAACAUCACAGGCAUCGCUUGGGCGCCGAAGAAACUUCCUAUGGGACCUGAUCGCGGAAUGGUUUUAGCCACUGCUGGUGUUGACAAGAAAGUGAAGUUUUGGAUGGCUCCAUCCUGAUUCUAUUACUUGGUGUUUUAAAUGCUAGAAUUUGUUAACUAGCACCAGUGGGGCUAGAUACUGGAGUAGGUGUCUCAAAAUUUUCCACUUGAGUUUACGGUGAUGGCAAGCUUCUUCAAAACUUUGAGCAGUUAUCGGCCGGUCUUGCUCAGUUUGAUUCCAAAUGGGAACUGGUUGGUUUUUGUCAUGGCGUCUCUUGUAUAUUACUUGUAGGUCAUUAUAGAAGUUCUUAAUCUUGAACCCAUAUGGAGGUGGCUAUCUCCAUAUAAUAUCUCCAAUCUCCCUAGGGAAGUGCACCUCCCAAUGCCCAGAUCAUCUGUCACUGUUAACACUAAUGUUUGGAAAUGAUUGUCCUGGAAAUUAUCAUUUAAAGAUGAAAAUAUGCUUUUAAUUUUGGACAAAAA